AUGGAUACACAGGAAGACCAUAAAACACUAGGGAAGAUCGGAUACCUGAAGCGGCUUGAACUCUAUGGAACAGAAAAGCCGUAUCAAAUAACGGUCCGCCCGAAGUAUGUCCAAGACUCGGACGCGCAGAAGACAAACAUUGUUAUCGAUCCACAGGUCGUCAAGAUUACUGAUAUCAUUAAUCGACGGGGUGAAUUUAGCACGGAUAUUCAGGGUUUCGAGCUCGCCACUUUUCCCAGUUCAUUAUCCUCUGAUGAACUCCAGGACUUAGACGAGAUUGAGUCUCGUUACUAUGCCGAAGCCAAGGAAUUUCUCAUGCGAAGAUAUAAUGCUCACAGAGUGCUCAUAUUCGAUACGACGAUUAGACGCUCGAAACCAGGUCGCAACACGGACACUACCCUCCUCAAGAACCAACAGAUUCUAGGGCCAUCCAUUGACUGUCAUGUCGAUCAAAGCCCCAAUAGCGUUCGCAAGAGAGUGAGGAAGAACUUUCCUAAUGACGCAGACCAGCUAUUGGCUCAGCGCGUGCAAGUAGUCAACAUAUGGCGAGCUCUCCGCUUCCCAUGUCAAAUCCGUCCUUUGGGCUUGUGCGACUACAGAUCGACCAGACCUGGAGACUAUACACCAGCUGAUCUUGUCUCAUCCGUUUGGGAAGGCGAGACAUUGCAAAUUUACCACAACCCUAACCACGAGUGGUGGUUCGCCAGCAAGAUGGAAGCGGACGACGUGCUUCUCAUCAAAAUGUUUGACUCUGAGGGAGAAAGGGAGGGUAACGAAACGGCCAUGUGUGAGUACCUUCUAGAAUUCUUCUUUUCCAUGAGUCAACACGCUUCGCAGGUACACCUCAUUGCUCUUUCGACUGGGAAGACGCCCCUGAGGGAUCGCAUGGGCGAGAGAGCAUGGAAAUCAGAGCAAUUAUAUUUUCUGAACUCUAGGAAGCUUGAGACUUUCAACUUUGGGUAA